AUGACCGAAAUUCAUACAUGCAAUCCUUACGACCAUGAAGGCUGGAAAGCCUGCAAAGUCUGUGGAGCUUUUCUACCAUCAACUAGAGCAAGAUCAAUUAGAGAAACUUCAGAUUUUCCUUCUCUAGGUAUUCACCCUCAACAAAUAAUUAACACCUACAGAACAUCAAAAUUUACACGCAGAUACAAUCCUUCUGCAUCCUAUUUAAAGGUAAACAUUAUAUAGUAUCGUAAUGCUCUAAUUGACUGGAUAUGUCAUGUGGGUGAAGCUUUAAACUUUUCAGCCUUAACGAUUCACGUAGCUGUUGCCUUAUUUGAUGCUGCUUUGGCUGCAAAAGAUUUUCCAAAAAGCAGUCUCCAAUCAUUAAGCUUGGUUUCACUGUUUGUCGCUGCGAAAUCUGAGGACUCAGAUACCUAUCUUCCUCGCUUUCGGAGCUUAAUUAAAUAUAGCAAACAUCCAACUGCUACCCUAACUCCCCCCCCCCCCCUCCGUGAGCGAACAAAAACCAUUAGAAAAAUCGCAUUUUUUGACCAAAAAACCCACCCUCCGUGAGUGAACAAAAAUUUUUUUAAUAGAAAAAAUUUUAAUGGAAAAAAAUUUUGAUAUAUAAGUGAUAAUUAGUAUAAUGAAAUCUAGAGCUAAUUCUGUUUAAUUUUAAACAAAUUGCGUUUUAAAACAUAAAUUUUGCAAAUUAAAUUAAUAUUUGCUUCCCAAUUUUUGCAAAUUAGGAUUUUUUUAAAUUUCGAAAAAAAUAUUUUUUUAUAAAAUUUAUAUAUAAAUUUUUUAAAAAAAAAAAAAUUACCCCCCUCCGUGAGCGAACAAAAUUUUUUUGUUCGCUCACGGAGGGGGGGGGGGGGGGAGUAAGAAGAAUGGAGUUAGAAUUACUGACUGCUUUAAAGUGGGAAUUAUCUGCCAUAACUCCAUAUCAUUUUGUACAAUUUUACAUUUCCCACGGUAUUGUAUAUACUGGCGAUUAUAUGAGGGGAAAACACUUAAGUGAAAAGAGUGCUAAAUAUGUUAAUAAGUAUGCAGAUUUUUUUGUUGAAAUGUGCCUCCAAGAAUACGAGUGAACUACUAAAUCAAUCAAUUAAGUUAUAUAGAUCUUCUUUAAUGUCCUUUAUCUCAUUUUUGUACUUACUUUUGAUUUUCUCACCCAUUAUCGUCUGGGCGAAAUGGCAAUGACCUGAGUAUUCCAACGGCUUCAGACGUUCAGAUUUCGACAACUGUCCUUUCACUCUUGAAAAAAGCAGCUUGGGUUCUUCGGGUACCUUAAAAGCCCUGCAUUUAUAACCUUUGAUUAGUUGGAUACUUCCAGAAAAUUCCAUUUCUAUAAAGACAAGAAUCCUACUCUGCACCAUUCCUUUCUUAAGUCAAAUCAUGUCAUCAAAGUAGCCUAAAAAAGCAGGAUUAUCUGUUCGGGAUAGCAGAAAAUCCUCCUUUAGAAAAUUUUGAUCAUGAAUGCGAAUUAACUCAAUAUACACCUGAAAAUAUUGCGUGUGCAUGCAUAGCUGCUGCAAGAAAAGCUGUUGAUAUAAGAUGCGUUUGGCCUUUGGAGUUGGAAGAAUUAACAGGAAAAAAACUCCAAGAAACUUGCUUUGCUAAAGUAUGGGAUAUCUACCAACAGAGGUUUGUCGGAGGAAAAGGAAGCGAACCAAAAUCUGCAGAGGUGAAAAGAGAAAAUCCAAGAUCCUCAAUAAAAUCUGCAAUUGUAAUAUAA